GUGCGCGUAACAUGUAAACGGUCACCGGUUGCCGCCCUUUUGUGCUGGUUCUGUGUCAAUAUUUCGAAGGUUUUCUCCAGUUUCGAGCGAACAGAUUCGUGAGUGCGCGAAGUUUGUUUUUCAUCAUUCAAGCUGCUGUAAAACUGCGUGUGAAAGUUCACUAACUCUCAACAUCUAGUGCUCUGGUGGACCAAGUUGUACAGCACACAAUGGUUUGAAGACAAUCUCUAUAGGACUACUCAACCGCCCCAACCUGUCUUCAAAUUUCUUCAGAGCUGCAGUGCCGCUGUGAUUAGGGUGAAGGCGGUCCGGGCCGCGCCAUGAGGGCCGCGUCUCCCUGAAGCGAGGACACCGCAAACCGAGGAUGCCUUUCGGACUAGGAUGGACCAACGACGACUGGCUGGAGGAGCUGACCGGCAACAUCACUUUCCACAUCCCAGGCGGGGGCACCUGGUGCGACCAAUGGCGGGACCCGCAGAACGUCCUGUACCACGUGGCCAACACGUGCUUCGCCCUGGCCUACGUGGCGCCCACCAACAGCAACGGCGAGCUCUUCAUGCAGGCCGCGCUCAUAGUCGGAUUUAUCUUGUUCUCCGCCUGGUCCUGGGAGUCCAUCUGCGCCCCCGACGCCUUCUCGUGGAACUUCGGCUUCGCGCUGCUGAAUAUGCUGCAACUUUUUCACGCCGUCUACCGCCUCCGGCCCGUCAAGUUUGACCCGGAGUUGGAGGAGGUGUACCGGAACCUGUUCCAGCCCUUCAAGGUGACGAGGAUCCAGUUCAAGAAGCUGGUGAGCGCCGAGUUCGCCCAGAUCAUGUCCCUGCACGCCGGGGAGGCGUACGCCAUGCAGAGCCUGACCAGGACGGACCGCCUCGGUCUGCUGCUGUCGGGGAAGGUGAACGUUAUGUCGGACCAUCAGUUCCUGCACCCCAUCUUGCCCUGCGAGUUCCUCGACUCGCCCGAGUUCGAGUCGAGCCGAGCGAACGUGGACGACAAAUUCAAAGUGUCCAUCAUCGCGGCCACGUCGUGCAGGUACCUGUUUUGGCAGCGGACGGCCCUGGAGUACCUCUUCGUCAAGGAGACGUACCUGGCCACCGUGGUCAGCACCAUCGUGGCCAGGGACAUCACCACCAAGCUGUACUCCAUGAACAGCAAGAUCGUGACGGGCAAGGGUUCCCAUCUGGACAUCCGCUUGCCCGCCGUGACGUCAUCGCUGGGCGCGAAGGCCACCCCCCGCAUCCUGAGGCAGCACCGGCGGGCCAAGCAGAACCCCUCCACCUCGCCGCCCAGCCACAGCACCGCCACGGAUCCGCUGGGCAGCCGCGAGCGCCUCGUGCAGUCGCCGGCCAAGGAGAAGAAGGACAAGGAGGGCAAGGAGAACGGCAGGCCGGAGAAGCAGAUGGGCAACGGGCGCGCGCAGCGGCCCCCCGAGAUGGAGCCCCUCACCGAGCUGCCGUCCAUGGACGACCUGACGACCAGCGGCGUGGAGAGCUGGCUGGAGAGCAGCUCCAAGUACCACAGCUGCGAGAUCGUGGACGAGUGAAACGGACCAGGCCAGCCCGGGCCAGCCCGGGGGACGGAAACGGCAAUAAAAUGAACUGCGCAAAAGUUUCGUAACCAAAUGGAAAGAAAAGAAAGACCUCGAGUCACAUUUGCAAAAAGAAACGCACAUAGGCGUGCGGUUGGUUACCUGUAAACUAGGAAAAUCAAACAAAUUUUAGUAGAUUAGACCAAACCUUUUUGUUAGGAUUACCUGUGUUAUUUUGAAGUGAUUUUAUAUGUGUAUAUCGCAUGUGACGCAAGAUAUUUGGCAUCCGAGAGGUUGCUUCACGGAGUAGUGUUUUGCCGGUCGGCUGACGUGGCGCGUUUAUUCGGUAAGCGUGACAAUCAUCUUGACCGUUGGAAGUUGUCAAGAAACUAAUUCUCAAAGAGAAACCAAAGAUGUUAAUUUUAUAUACGUGUAUUGUACGUACUGCUUGUUUAGGCAAUCAUAUUGUGGCCUUGUUGGAUUGUUAGUUGGAGUAGACAUUAUGUACCUUGUUGUUUGUGAUAAUUUUUUUCAUAAUUAAAUUGUUAGAUACAACAAA